CCUCCUCACAUUUCCCCCUCCGAUUCAAACAUUCAAAGCCCUAAAAUCCCCAAUUUCCUCUAUAAGUAUCCAAUCUCAGUCUCCAAUAUCUUCACACAAUCUCAAAAACCCUAAUCAGUUCUACAUUUCUUCCUCAAUUUUUCGAUUAUUUCACUAAAAAUGCCUUCCAUGCCUGAGGAGCCGCUCCUGACGCCGACGCCUGACAGAUUCUGUAUGUUCCCGAUUCAAUUUCCUCAGAUCUGGGAGAUGUACAAGAAGGCUGAGGCCUCGUUUUGGACCGCCGAGGAGGUCGAUCUGUCGCAGGAUGUCCGAGAUUGGGAGAAGACCCUGAACGACGGCGAACGGCACUUCAUCACCCAUGUCCUCGCUUUCUUUGCCGCCUCCGACGGUAUUGUGUUGGAGAACCUCGCUUCCCGGUUCAUGUCCGAUGUUCAGGUCGCGGAGGCGCGUGCAUUCUACGGCUUCCAGAUCGCGAUCGAGAACAUCCAUUCGGAGAUGUACAGUCUCCUCCUCGACACCUACAUAAAGGACGCGAAGGAGAGAGACCACCUUUUUCGCGCCAUCGAGACCAUUCCUUGCGUCGCCAAGAAGGCACAGUGGGCGAUGAAAUGGAUCGACGGGUCUCAGAGCUUCGCCGAGAGACUCAUCGCCUUCGCCUGCGUUGAAGGGAUCUUCUUCUCCGGCAGCUUCUGCGCGAUAUUUUGGCUGAAAAAGCGCGGGUUAAUGCCGGGAUUAACUUUCUCGAACGAGUUGAUCUCGCGAGACGAAGGCCUCCACUGCGAUUUCGCGUGCCUCCUCUACAGUCUCCUCAGGAACAAGCUCACGGAGGAGCGCGUGAAGUCAAUCGUGCGUGACGCAGUCGACAUCGAGAGGGAGUUCGUCUGCGACGCGCUUCCAUGCGCGUUGGUGGGCAUGAACCGUGACCUGAUGGGUCAAUACAUCGAGUUCGUGGCGGAUCGGUUGCUGGGUGCGCUCGGGUGCGGCAAGGUGUACGGUGUAACGAAUCCAUUUGAUUGGAUGGAACUGAUCUCGCUGCAGGGGAAGACCAACUUUUUCGAGAAGAGGGUUGGAGAGUACCAGAAGGCUUCGGUGAUGUCGAGUUUGAACGGACACAGUGCCAUAGAGAACCAUGUGUUCAAACUCGAUGAGGAUUUUUAGAUUUUUUUUUUUCGUAUAAUGUAUGGUUUUUAAAUCCACGUAACCCUUAACGAAAUUUUAUACUUCUGUAAUGGUUGAUCCAUAUUUAUUAUAGUUCGGUAGUAAUUAGAUCUGAAUUGUUGUAAUUUCUAUUCUCCGUGUUAUUUGUUAGUUUUGUUCAAAUCCAGCAUACGUGGAGAUGGCCGAGUUGGUCUAA